CUGAUGGAGGCAGAGCAGAGGGGCGUGUGAGACUGCAGUUGCAUCCUUCUUCUAGCAUUCCUCCAUUCGAUGCAUGCAGAGAGACAGCGCAUACGCUUACUCUACCUCCUGCGCUCCAAACACUGAAUCCGGCAUGUUCUGCUUCUGCCUGCAGAGCUCACUGUUGAAGCUCCAGGCUCUUGAAGGAGAUUCCAGCCCAUCUUCACAACCCUCUCCCGAAGACAGCCCACCCACCCUGGGAUUCAAAGAGGAGAUCCAGGCUCCUUCAUGCACUGGCUUGGAAGAAGAAAACAGCUCACUAGACUGCAGGCUGGCAGAGGGUGACUGUAACAGUGAUCUUCGGCAGAGCCCAGGGCCCAGUCGACUCAUCCAGCACAUCACAGAUGACAACAGCCCCCUGCUCUCCCCACGCUGCUCCAGCCUCAGCCAGAGCCAACGCUUCAACACAGACCCAGAGUCUGCCCCGUCUCCACCCAGCACACAGCAUCUCAUCAUGGCUCGUGGGGUUGUUAGAACGGAGGUUCCUGGAGAUGCUAAAGAAGUCGCCUCCAUCCCUCUCCUCACCAAACACAUCCAAACACUCAAGAAGAAAAUACGGAAAUUUGAAGAGCACUUUGAGCAAGAAAUGAACUAUAAGCCUUCACAUAAUGAUAAAUCAGCAAAUCCAGAGAUUGUCAAGCUCUUAAGUGAACUGGCCAGAUCUCGCAAACAGCUCAAAGAUUUAAAGCUGAGACAGUCAUUUGAUGAAUUCCGAAGACAAGACGGCAGCGAGUCCACGGAUAUCUGCAGGUACACGAACGGCCAGCAGGAAGCGCCAGAACAGCAGACUCAACAUCACAAACCCUGUCUAGAGGAAACUGUGGACUCGCUCCUCAAACGGCUGCGAGAGAAACGGCAGGCUCUCGGCCUCCCAGAAAACAUGAGGGAAAUGACCCAGAGACAGAUGGCCCUGGAGAAGAUCACACUGCAGAAAUGUCUGUUGUAUUUUGAGAGCUUGCAUGGUCGCCCUGGGACCAAACAAGAGAGAAACCUGGUGAAACCACUUUACGACAGAUACCAGGUGGUGAAACAUCUCUUGUGUGCCACUCCCACAAUCACAACCAUAGAAGAAGAAGAGGGGUCAGAUGAUGACUCUGUUCGGUACACACCUCCACCAGUGUGUCUCACAGAUAGGAGAGGCUGUAGGGAAGAGGAGGGAGACAGUGACCCUGCGUUUGUGUCUCCGCUGGAUGAGAUAAAGACAGUGAGACAAUCAGCCUUAACCAUGUCCAACCUUCAUGAGGCCUCUAGGUCUGAGUUGCUGGAGUGUCUGCGGGAGACUCGAGCAGAGAAAAAGAGACGACGUAAAGCCAUCAGAGAGUUUGAAGAGCAGUUCUUGAAACAGAUGGGAAGAACUGCACAAAAAGAUGACCGAAUUCCCAUGGCCGUGGAGUACCAGGAGUACAAAAGUCUCAAAGCCAAAUUACGCUUACUGGAAGUGUUGCUCAGCAAACAGGAAACCACAAAGACAAUUUGAGUCAAAGAGAUUCUUUCUGCCUU